CAAUCGUCAUCGAUGAAACAAAACAACAUAAAAAAAAAUCAAUCAUGAAUUGUUCUCUACAAUUCACCAAGAAAAAAAGACACCAGGCAAUGAAUGAGCCUAGGAAACAGAACCACAAAUAAUAUCAGGAUUCGAGAAAUUGUGAAGUUGGAAGAAGAGGAUGGAUGGAAGGAUGGAUGGAGUUUUUGGAGUUUAGAUGGAGGAUGGAAGAUACCCACCCAACCUGCCCGCUCACUUGAGCCUGGGCUUUGGAGUUUGGAGUUUUGGAAUUUGGAGUUUGGAUUAACAAAAAGAUACCCCCCAACUCUCGAAGAAGAAGUAGAGCUGGUCCUGAAUUGAUAGGAAAUUGAAUUGAGAUUCAG